GCCUGGGCCAUCAAGAAAGUUGCACGGGUGUUGGAUGAAGAUGCGCACGAAUCCACUCUCCGAGAUCUUGAGGCAGCUGUGGUGCAAGCUGCGCAUGGAGCCAUGAAGUUGCAGCUGACGUUGCAGCCGGGAUGGCGGGAAGGAACGCUCGCCAAUGGGCUGCGCAUCUUCCAACAAAAUGACCCGCAGAGCACCUGGAUUAUGCCCGUCUCUCUGCCAGCUACUGAAGAGUGUGCACCGGAAGAGUCGACAAGCCCAGACCUGGUUGAGCCAUCACGAGCAGCCAGCAGCACAAGGCAAAACUA